GGAGAGACAGAGAGACAGAGAGAGAGAGAGAUAGAGAGAGGAUCCGAAUUUACAGGAAGUUUUGAACAAUGUCACACCGUCACUUCCACAAACGAAAAGACACCAAGACGAGAGACAGAGAGAGAAGCAGAAGAAAAAAGAGAAAACUAAUCGACACUCCUACUCAGCUAUCUAUCAUUUUCUUGGUCGUUUUCCCUAGAAAAUCAGUAAGAAAAAGCAUCUCCGUCGGACUACGUGUGUAUUGGCGAAUGGUCACGUAGUUCUUCAGAGACAUGGUUUACCUGAUUUAAACGGAACUCAAUGCACAAGAUUUGAUCCUUUGAGAAGGAGAAAAAGGAAAAUCUUUGGGAAGCUGAGCAUCGGGUAGAAGCUGAAAAAUGGGCACUUCGGUGAAUAUUAUCGUGGGUUCUCAUGUCUGGGUUGAGGACCCAGCAUUAGCUUGGGUUGAUGGACAGGUAAUAAAAAUUUCAGGGGAAAAAGCUGAGGUCCAGAUCAGUAAUGGGAAGAAUGUUGGUGCAAAGUUAUCAAAUAUAUAUCCCAAGGAUAUGGAAGCACCUGCAGGUGGUGUUGAUGACAUGACAAAGCUAUCUUACUUGCAUGAGCCUGGAGUCCUGCAGAAUUUAAAAACAAGAUAUGAACUUAAUGAAAUCUAUACUUACACUGGAAAUAUCUUAAUUGCAAUUAAUCCAUUCCAAAGAUUGCCUCAUAUUUAUGAUGCUCACAUGAUGCAACAAUACAAGGGAGCACCAUUUGGAGAACUAAGCCCUCAUGUUUUUGCUGUUGCUGAUGUCGCUUAUAGGGCAAUGAUCAAUGAGCACAAAAGCAAUUCGAUUUUGGUCAGUGGUGAAAGUGGAGCAGGUAAAACCGAGACCACGAAAAUGCUUAUGCGGUAUCUUGCAUUUUUGGGUGGCCGGGUAGCCACUGAAGGACGCACAGUUGAACAACAAGUCCUAGAAUCCAAUCCAGUUCUUGAAGCAUUUGGAAAUGCUAAAACUGUUAGAAAUAACAAUUCCAGGUGAGCCUCAC